GGAAUGGCAAUUUUAAGCGAAAGAUCAAGUUUUGAAUAGCUAAUUCACUUGCAUUUGGUUUAUCAGCUGCAUACGUGUUUCUCCAAUUUGCAGCUUCAUUCUUGGAUUUGAUCGCCAUACCACGCACCUUCUUGGACUAAAUCAACACCGAGCUUAAAACCAAAUUUAGGGAUUUUCCUACCAGUUACACCAUCCAAAUGAGUCAUAUCCGAAUUUCUACUAUCCAAAUGAAUCAUAUCUGAAUUUCUUUCUCACAUAACCGUUAAAGCUUGCAUCUUUAUGGCUUCCACUGGAACUAGAACUAUGAAAAUGGGACAAACUCAUUCCCGUCGCAAGCUUUUACUCAUGUUCUUGGGCACGUAGAGAACAGUCUUGGGCAAAAUAAGCUAAGGUGUUUGGGCCUCAAGCUUUAGACAUCUUCACGCCACCACCCCAGGCCCUAAUGCCUCAAAGUCUCUCAACGCUAACCUAGACUCUAGAGGCAGCUAGAAUUAAAAAUGUCUUGUAUAAUAGAGAAUUGAGAGCUAACGCGGUCAAAAUUAUUUCUCCUUUCAAAAAUGCCGAGAGAGAAGAGUCCUGGUCUCAAGAUCCUCUGGCUUUGGACCAUUGGCACUGCCGCCAUUCUCGUGACGAGUGUGGUAAGGACAAGGCUAAGAGACAUGGAGCAGCUAAUGAACGCUGAACAGCAACAACAGCAGACACAAAGUACUCUCGGCGAUUCAAUUAUAGUAGACUCCUCGCCGGAGCCCCAAGAGGGAACAAUUCGAGAAGUGAAAUAGUAGAUUUUUGUUUCAAAUUUAAUUUCCCAUUUUUGUAUUCUCACUCUUCUUGCGAAUUUUCUGAAAGUUGCAAGCGUGCUUGUUGUCUUAAGUCCUAAUAACAAAUAGAACGCAACGCAUUAUAUGUGUCUAUUACCUGUUUGAUUGAUGUUCCGAAAGAAUAUAUUAUCGAAUUUCAGAUUCCCAUUUUUAUACUUUUAUUCAUCUUGCCAUUUAUAUGAAGCUAAAUAAUGGGUCUUAUAAGGAUGCCCAAGUUUUUUUUUUGGUUGAAUGGUCUGAGUGAAGCUUUGCCUUCAUAUUUUAUGAAUAUCUUAAUGGGCAAAGACGGUUUGAUAGUUGAACUUGAAGCUUUGGUCAGGCCCAGUCCCCUGGCUUCCAAGUUAUUACCAUAUAAAUAGGCCCUAAUAAUUUAGGACUGCAUUGUGUUAUACUUGGAUUGAAGUCUUGAUCAUGGAAAUUAAGGGAAGUUGAAACAAAAAUUUCAGCGAAGUGAAUUAUUUUUCGACUUUCCUUUGGAGCUUUGAACCAAUUUAGAGCCAAAAGCACAAUUUAAAUGAUUAUCCUCAUGGAAGUAAAGAGAGAAGUAUAAUGAAUAUUCAGCCUUUCUUUUCUUGUAAUGAACAAAUUUAGAUGCUUUUGAUGGUUUGAAACUCUGAAUACCUUUACUUUGUUUAUGUUUCUCCUAUGGCUAUAUGCUUCAGACAUCUCUCCGACAAAGCAAAUAAAGUUUUGCAUUAAAGAUAAAGCUUGGAGAGUAAGCAGAUUUUGAGUUCGCCCAUUCGUCAUUUCCAAAGCCCAAUCAGACACUUGGAGCUGAUAAUUUGUAUAAUAUUGCUGGUUUAACAGUUUUUCUGCCGUUGUAAGGGUCAGCUUUCCUACGUGUUUCUUUGUUAGUUCUUGGAGAAAAGGCAUCCAUUUCAAACCCUUUUUCUUCCAGUGUAUAAAUUGAAUCAACUCCAAUUGAUGGCAUGUCCUACAUGUUGCAGUGAAAGUUUCUCACUGCAAUAUUGCUCAUGUUUAUUGUGUAGAAAACUUACACCAUUUUUUAUAGAAGUAAAUUGAAUCACCAAUGAUGCUUUUUGUUUCGCUAUCUGUUGAAAUUACUUCUAGACAGAGAACAGGACAAAGCCAGCCAGUGUUUGGAAGGAGCUGGAAAACUGUUUUGGUGUGACUUGAUGAUAUUUCUAUCUUAAUAUCUAGAAAACUAGUAAAGGAAAAUAUUUUUAAACAUUCUAGAUUGUGAUAUUUGAUGGAAAAGGUAUUUGUCAUUAAUUUCUAAGUUAUCUGUCCGCAGGUAUAGAUACACAUUCCUAUAAUUGUGCUGUACUAAUUAGGAAUACACUAGGAAUACAAAUAUACAUAGAAGCAGAGAUUAUAAUUACUUUACUUUCCAUAACAAUAUUGCUGAAAGAAAGGUUAGUAUUAUUACAUAAUCAGAUAUUAUAAGUUUAUUCUGUUUCCCUUGGGCCUAAAUAUUUUGGUUAGUACAAAGCUCAGCUCUGGCUAGGUCUAUACUGAUUACUGAGUAGUGAUGGAUCCUGAAUUAUAUCAAGCUAUAAUUUAUGGGGAUCAAAAAUUCUUUGAGAAUCUCAGGGAUGCUGAUUCUUAUGAUUUAUUACAGGUGACAUCUGGCCACAAAAACUCCAUUAUUCAUGUUGCAGCAAAAUGUGGGGAGAUGCAGAUAGCAGAAAAGAUCAUUGCUUUAUGUCCAUCACUUUUGCAUCAGACUAAUACAAAAGGUGAUUCUCCACUGCAUAUUGCUGCAAGAUUGGGUCUUUUCCAGAUGACUCAAUUUCUAAUUAAUUGCGCAAAACUUGUGGAAGUUGAAGUGGAGAAGGAGCUGCUGAGGAUGCAGAAUCUGGACAAAGAUACUGCUUUGCACGAGGCUGCACGAAAUGGGAACUUCGAGGUUGUGAGUUUACUAGUAAAUGAGGACCCAGAAUUAGCUCAAAUUGUCAAUAAUGCUGGAGAGUCCUCACUUUUCCUUGCUGUGGAUAGAAAGUUCUACAAAAUUGCUUGCCUUAUCCAUGAAGUUGCUCCUGCAUGCUCCUAUGGAGGUAGGAAUAGCAUGAAUGUCUUGCACGUGGCCAUCAUUCGGGCAGACAAGAAUUUUAUGUUUGUGGUGACAAGUAUGGUUAUAAACAUUAUUGUUUUAUGCUCAAAGAUCUUUGUCUUGUGCAUAAAUCAAUUCCUUCCUGCUGCUUCAAAGCUCCAUUGUUUACAAAUUAAGCAUUCUUACAGGUUCAGCUUCAUUGGUGCUGAUUUCAUGUCUGCGGUGCUUAAAAGAUGUCCAUCUGCAAUUGCUGAAGCAGAUAAGUUUGGAUGGAUUCCUCUUCAAUAUGCUGCAUAUUUGGGCAAUGCAGAAAUUGUUGAACUCUUACUACAGUUUGAUACCUCCCAAGCUUAUGUGAAGGACAAAGAAGGCAUGUCUGCUCUUCACAUUUCAGCAAAGGCUGGCCAUGGUGAUGUUACCCUACAGCUCAUUACAAAAUAUCCUGAUAUGCCCGAGUUGUUAGACAAUAGAGGUCGAACAGCUCUCCAUGUUGCGGCAGAAAGUGGAAAGAGAAGUGUGGUUAAGAUAUUCCUAUCAACUUCAGUUACUGCAGACCUUAUAAAUGAUAGAGAUAAAGAUGGAAACACACCUUUACACUGGGCUGCUCUUCAAGGACGCUAUGAAAUUUUAUUAAUGCUAGUAAAUGAUUACAGAGUUGACAAAGGUGCUAUAAACAACGUAGGCAUGACCACUUUUGACAUUAUCAAAUCAAGUAUGCAGCUUAAACAGCAUGAAAAGGCUAAAAUAUUGUGGAAACUGAGGGCAAGGGGCGCUUUAAGAAGUUCCGAACCAUCAACCACUGUAGGAACCAUGAAAGUGGAAGUUAUUGAGACACAGGGAUCCAGCAAGGAAAACAAAGUGAAACAUGUAGCCCUCCAUGGAGAAGCAGAACCUGUAAGACAGAAAAAGGAUGCAUCUGAGCACAUGAAGGAGAUUGGCAACGUUUACAUACUGGUAGCAACUAUCAUUGCAACUGUCACCUUUGCAGCAUCCUUGACAUUGCCUGGUGGGUACUACAGUGAUGACCAAGAUAGUCAAGGCAUGGCAAUUUUAAGCAAAAAAUCUGGUUUUAGAGUAUUUGUGAUAGCUAAUUCAUUCGCAUUUGGUUUAUCAACUGCCUCAAUGUUUCUCCAUUUUGGGGCUUCAGGAGUGAAAAGGGAUUACACUGCUGCUUGCUUAGCAAAAUAUGCCGCCUUGUUCAAUAAAUGGUCCAUUUAUGCAAUGGUUUUAGCCUUUCUUGCAGGCACAUCUGUGGUGUUGACCGAGUCAUUGGGGCUCGCUGCUGCUAGUGUUACAACUAUUUGCUUCAUUUGUGGCCCUUUGAUCUAUAGUUUAGUUACUUGUAAUUCUUAUACUUAGAAGUACACUGUUUCUCCAUUGUUGAAUGUGUGUACACAACAAGUUUUUGAAUGUCAAGGACAUAAAUUAUACAACCUGUAAUGAUGGUUUCAAAUCUUAACAAGUAGGGUGUUUCAUUA